AUGCGGCUGCCGCUGCUCCUGUCCGCGGGCGUCCUGCUGCUGGCUCUCCUGCCCUGCCCGCCAUGCAGGGCCCUCCUGAGCCGGGGGCCCGUCCCGGGGGCCCGGCAGGCCUCGCAGCACCCCCAGCCCCUGGAUUUCUUCCAGCCUUCGUCGCAGCCCCAGCAGCCGCAGGCUCGGCCCGGCCUGCUCCGCAUGGGGGAGGAGUACUUCCUCCGCCUGGGUAGCCUCAAUAAGAGCCCCGCUGCUCCGCUCUCGGCCGCCUCCUCGCCUCCUGCCGGCAGCAGCGGCAGCCGCCUUUCGCCGGACGAGGUGGCCGCCAACUUUUUCCGCGCGUUGCUGCAGCAGCUGCUGCUGCCCCGGCGCCCGCUCGACAGCCCUGCGAGUCCGGUGGAACGCGGCGCCGAGAACGCCCUCGGUGGCCGCCAGGAGGCACCAGAGAGGGAGAGGCGAGCCGAGGAACCUCCCAUCUCCCUGGAUCUCACCUUCCACCUCCUCCGAGAAGUCUUGGAAAUGGCCAGGGCUGAGCAGUUAGCGCAGCAAGCUCACAGCAACAGGAAACUGAUGGAGAUUAUUGGGAAAUGA